GUGUGUGUCUGUCCUCCAGGCUCUGUGACCUCCACUGGGGAGAGACGCCAUGACCCCCAUCCUCACGGCCCUGCUCUGCCUUGGGCUGAGUCUGGGCCCCRGGACCCGAGGGCAGGCAGGGACCCUCCCCAAGCCCACCCUGUGGGCUGAGCCAGGCUCUGUGGUCGCCCGAGGAAGGCCAGUGACCAUCUGGUGUGAGGGGCCCCUGGGGACCCAGGAGUACUAUCUGCAUAAAGAAGGACAUGCACAGCCUUCCAGAGAGUCUCCGCUGGAGCCAGAGAACAAGGCCAGGUUCUCCAUCCCGUCCAUGACCGAGUAUCACGCAGGGAGAUAUCAGUGCUACUAUCACAGCCCUGCUGGGUGGUCAGAGCRCAGUGACCCCCUGGAGCUGGUGGUGACAGGAUUCUACAGCAAACCCAGGCUCUCAGCCCUGCCCAGCCCUGUGGUGACCUCAGGAGGGAACAUGACCCUCCAGUGUGGCUCAGGGCAGGGAUAUGACAGGUUUGUGCUCACCAAGGAAGGAGGACACAACCACACCUGGACCCUGGACUCACAGCGACACCCCAGUGGGCAGGUCCAGGCCCUGCUUCCCAUGGACCUGGUGACCUCUGGUCAGAGGUGGACAUUCACAUGCUACGGCUAUUACAGGAGAACCCCGCAGCUGUGGUCAGUUCCUAGCGACCCCCUGGAGCUCCAGCUGUCAGGGGUGUCCAGGAAGCCCUCCCUCCUGACCCAGCAGGGCCCUGUCCUGGCCCCUGGAGAGACAGACAAUGAGACAGACAGAGAGCACAGGGUCCUCAGAGAGAGGCCUGGGGAGGUCUCAGCUCAGAACAAGCUGGGGCCACCCUCACCCUCCUUCCUCUCUCCAGGACAGCUCCCUGUCACACCCUCCCUCUCAGUGCAGCCUGGUCCCACAGUGUCCUCAGGRGRGAAYGUGACCCUGCUGUGUCAGUCACAGAUCAAGAUGGACACUUUCCUCCUGUGCAAGGAGGGGGCAGCUGACACCCCAGCCGACGUGUUUAAGAUCAGAGCUUCAAGCUCCACUCCCAGGCACAAUCCUCCAUGAGGGCUGUGAGCUCAGCCCCUGCUGGGCGGGGCA